AUGUUUAUGGAGCGUGAGCUCCGCCUGAAGGCCUUCAUCGAUGAAUACGCCCGUGUUGCACAACUCUUUGAUGACAUCGUUUCAAUGAAGGAGUCGAUGGGAAGGCUGGAAAUGUACAUAGUGGCCAUGGGUGUGAUCCUGUUGUUUCGGUUUUGUCGAGCUCAAAGAAACAGUGGAGAAUACCACUUGGAACAUCGCUUCGAGCGGAAUCCAUCGACGGAUAUCACCGACAUGCUGGAGAUCCUUCUGAAGACUACAACAAUGGCUACCUUUAGGAAGUACUCACCGCUUCGUCACGGCUACAUUAUUCUUACGUAG